AUGUACGCGGUGUAUGACAGCCGAAUUGCCAAGCGCUGCUUCACGGUGGGGGUCACUGCCUGCGGGGGGCGGGGCCACUCCACACAGUGCUCCGCUGUGGGCCUGGGGGGGGGCAGCGUCCUUCAGCGUUUGGAGGUGCUGAUGGCGUCUGCCUGUGGGGCUCUGGGGACUGUGGAGUUGGUGUCUGGGUCCCCACACCAGGAGGGAGCACGCACCACCGUGGGCUGGCCCUGCCGCCAGCUGCGGGGCACUGAGGGCUGCUCCGGGAAGUACGUGAUGGUGAUGGGCGUGGUGCAGGCCUGCAGCCCUGAGCCCUGCCUUCAGGCCGUCAAGAUGACCGACCUCUCCGAGAAUCCCCUCCACGAAAGCAUGUGGGCACUGGAGGUGGAAGACCUGCACCGCAGCAUUCCUUAG